AUGCACGCGCACGCCCUCCUUUCUCGCGAGGAACACACGCAAGGCAACAUUAGAGCACCUCUUAAGAUGCGCGGGGUAACGGCGCCCCACGGCCCGCAGCCGCAGCAGAAGGGGGCAGAGGAGCCAAAGAAGCAGACGAGCAUCGGCCAAAAGGACGCCGCCCCGCCACUGUCUGUCAUGUUUGUGAUGUUUCAAGUGUUCGUCUGCGUCAGCGGCAUUUACGUCUGCUUUGGCCUCUGGUCCAUUAAACAGGAGCGUGUCGUGACGAAGCCAUACCGUGCGGUGGUGGCGGCUGAGGAGCACGUAGAGAUGGCGAAGCUGUCUACUGUCUUUGUGAUUGGCUUCGUUCAGGCCAUUGCGGGGACGUUUGUUGGGGCGUUGCUGCUGCUGCUGGAGAAAUUGUCCGCCAAACUUUUGCGGCGCUCGCAGGCUGCGGCGUCGGUGCGAAUGGCAACGACGGUGUCCGCCUUGAAAAAUGCGACGACGGCGGCAGCGACGUCAAGAAACACGGCGAAAGGAAAGCUGUUAGCGGCGGAGUCCGUGACGGCGUCCAAGGCAGACCACUUUGCCGUGUUCCGCCUGACGACAGUGAUGGGGUUUACAAACGCGUUCGGGUCUAGUAUGGGUUAUGCCGCGAUGCGACGCCUGCCGUAUCCCGUUGUGCUCGCGACUAAAAUGUCAAAGAUGGUCCCUGUAAUGUUGGUUGGUUUCUUUUGGCACGGCACACGAUAUUCUCUGAGUAAGUGCGCGGCUUGUGUGAUUAUCACAGGCGGUGUGUGUUGUUUCUAUUUGCUGGGUAAGGAGCAGCCUCCGCACCGGGAGAGGCAGACAGGCGACGGUGCGAUGGUAACCACCUGGGUAGGGUUUUUGCUCCUCUUCCUCAACCUCGUCACGGACGGAUUCACCAAUUCCACGCAGGAUGUACUCGUUAAGCGGCUGCAGUGGGGGGGAAAUCAGCUUAUGUUCUUCACCAACCUUGCAACCGGCACAUGGCUCUUAAUUGUGCUCAUUGCGUUAGAGGCACUCCAUCCCUUGGCCACUGUGAUUCUCGAGGCGGAAGAGUUGACGAGCACGGCUGUCUCAAACGCCUCUUCGAUGGCCUACGUUCUUUCCAGCGUUGACGCCUGCGUCCGCUGGUAUCUUCGCGACGUCGCCCCACUGAAGGAUCUCUCCCGCACAUGGCAAUUCUUUCAACGCUACCCGGAGGCCUUCAAGGACGUCAUUGAGAUGAGUUUUCUCAACGCGCUCGGACAGUUUUUCGUCUUCCGCACCAUCUCCUUCUUUGGGAGCCUCACGCUGACCGCCCUGACGCUGCUGCGGAAGUCGGGAAGCGUGGUGUUGUCGGUCGUCGUCCACGGCCAUCAGGUGGCUGCUGGGCAGUGGUUAUCCCUCCUCGUCGUGUUUGCCGGGGUUCUCUGGGAGGCCUGCAUGCAUGUGCGCAGGCCCCUCCCGGCGCCGGUCCGCUCCGCCAGCGUAGUGGACGAGGACGACAAGAAGCACACCAACGGCCAUUGCGGAAGUGGUCUGUGCGCCGCGAAGGAGGUCGCGAAAGCCGCGGGGAGUUCUCGCCAGUUUGACAAGGGCGGGUGUGUCAGCAGGCGUGCCUUGAACUGUGCUGCACGCGAGAAUGGCGCGCUGCGAGGCAGAGGUCGUGACGUGCCAACAGGGAUAGCAGCGCGAUGA